AUGCCGGAGGAUGCCGAAAAAAUAGCCCGAGCUUCAAAGGAAGAGAUGGAGUGUCUGCAACUAAUUAAGGAUUUGAAAACAAGAAAGAUGGUUCCAAGCGGCAUAGAUUUGGAAAAACACGGUCCAUCGCAGAGUCUAGAUGGCAUUAUUCACAAGAUGGACGAAAUAAAUAGAAAACUCUGUGGAAUGCUCGAAACUGAGUUCAAACCUGUUUCUGGAUUUGUUGAAUAUUAUAUGAGCAAGUCCAAGACAUUUGAUGAUCCAAAGUACGAAAGACUAUUCGAUAUUGAGAGCCGAAAGACAAAAGAAAGACGUGUGAAUGCAUCAAAGCUGGUAGAUUACAGCUUCAGAGAUAGGCUGUCAGGAUUUGUAAGUAAAAGAGGCUGUUUGAAAUGGGAAAAUACAAAAAUUGACGAGUUCAUAAGUUCGCUUACAAAACCAAGUACUGCUAGUUGUCAAAAUCAAGAGCAAGCCAGUCCAUCUGAGUAA